AUGACCUUUGACAAGUCCACCGUCAAGUUCUCCGCGUACGAGGGAUGGGGCCAGACGGCGCUCAAGGAGUACCACUACUCGCAGGCCGUGCGGGUUGGCGACAACAUCGAGUGUUCGGGACAGGGUGAGUGGCUUCCCUCAUCAGUACCUCCAUACCCGCUUCCCCAUUCCCAUUCUCAUCCCCGUGUGCCUUCAGACAGACGCCAUUGUCUUCCCGCGCCCUCUUCUGCUUCCGGCAAACUGACCCCUUCAGGCGGCUGGGACCCGCAGCCCCCGAAUGCGAUCUCGGAGGACGUCGAGGCCCAGAUCGAGCAGGCGUUCAAGAACGUCGAGCUCGCGCUCAAGUCUGCAGGCGGUAAGGGCUGGUCACAGGUCUUCCGCGUGCGCUCGUACCAUCUCACCCUCGACGAUGCCGCCAUGGACCUCAUGAUCGCCAACUUCCGCAAGUGGAUGCCGGACCACUGCCCCGUUUGGACCUGCGUCGAGGUCACCCGCCUCGGCAUUCCGGGUAUGAAGGCGGAGAUUGAGGUUGUCGCUCACGACCCGAAGAACUGA